AUGGAGGCUACAGAAGCAGGAGAUAUCAGUCUUCUGUACGGGUGUAUACAAGACUACCCAAAAUUUUUGGAUAGUAUAGAUGAGAUCCCUUUUGUUAAUACUCCUUUACACAUCGCUGCCUCAGCUGGACAUGCCCAUUUCGCUUUAGAAAUGAUGAGAUUAAUGCCAUCAUUUGGUAAGAAGGUGAACCCACAAGGGCUAACCCCCUUGGACUUGGCUUUGCAAAGUAGGGAAGGCCUAAGACCCUCGGACCCGACUUUGCAAAAAAUGAAAGAGCUAAGCCCGGAGGACCUGUAUUUGCCAAAUAUGAUCACUUUGAUUAUAAGCCGGCUCAUAAAUUUUGACAAGGAGCUCAUACGAGUCAAAGGAAGGGAAAGCUUCACUCCUUUGCACUACGUAGCUAAAAAAGGUGACAUUGAUCUUUUGGCUGAAUUUCUAUAUGCUUGUCCGAAAUCAAUAAUGGACCGGACAAUUCGAGAUGAGACUGCACCACACAUUGCCACGAAAAACUCAAAGCUACAAGCUUUUGAAGUACUGUUGGGAUGCCUUCGUAGGAUCCGAAAACAUCAUCAUGUGCUAGGCUAG